CACCUCGUCAAAUUAAACAACUGUUAGCUGAGCAAACAGAAGCUGUGGGUCACCUGGAAAACUAAACGGUACUCUGGCCAUGUCCGUUUUUCUUUGUUUUCUAGCAGAAGUUUGUGAAUGUGUUCAGGCAGCCGCUGGUGGAACCGCAGCUCCUGACCUUUCACCUUCCAGUGCUGGUUCACAGCAGUAAUGGACGGAAGAUAUGACCCACCUUGUAGCUCCGCAGGCCCCGACAGUUAACGCGGCACCUCGGUUAUCACAGCGGUGACUGCAGACGGAGAAGCUGAGCUCCAUGACGUCAGGACAGGUGUGAUGGCAGUAGCAGGGUUGACGACUGUAGAUCCGCUGCUUUAGGGGUGCAGCGCUGACCUGGCCGGCACCAUGCAGCAGAAAGGUGCCAUCCAGAUCAUUGAAUGGGAGGACUUGGACAAGAGGAAGUUCUACUCCCUGGGAGUGUUCAUGACCUUGACCACCAGGGCCACCGUCUAUCCAGCCAGCCUCAUCCGAACCCGCCUCCAAGUGCAGAAGGGGAAGACGCUCUACUCGGGCACCUUCGAUGCUUUCUGCAAGAUCCUGCGAGCGGAGGGUGUGCGGGGCCUCUACCGUGGCUUCAUGGUCAAUACCUUCACCCUGAUCUCGGGACAGGCUUAUAUCACCACCUAUGAACUGGUGCGUAAGUACGUGUCCCAGUACUCGCCCAGUAACACGGUGAAGUCGGUGGUGGCAGGAGGGGCAGCGUCUCUGGUGGCUCAGACCAUCACUGUGCCCAUAGACGUGGUGUCUCAGCACCUGAUGAUGCAAGGACAAGGGGAACACCUGACUCGCUUCAAGCCCAAACCCAAAAUGAUGCUCGCAACAACCAAACGCAGACUGACCUUCGGGCAAACUCGUGAUAUCACGGUGCAGAUAUUUGCAGCCGACGGCUUCAAGGGAUUUUACAGAGGCUACGUGGCAUCGCUACUUACGUACAUCCCCAACAGUGCACUCUGGUGGCCUUUUUACCAUUUUUAUGCAGAGCAGCUGUCCUUUUUAGCGCCAAGCGAGUGCCCCCACCUGAUUCUUCAGGCCGUGGCAGGACCAAUGGCAGCAGCAACCGCCUCCACCAUCACCAACCCCAUGGAUGUUGUUCGUGCCAGAGUACAGGUGGAGGGACGGUCAUCCGUUAUCGAGACAUUCAAGCAGCUGUUGGCUGAGGAGGGCGUCUGGGUGAUGACCAAGGGGCUGUCGGCCCGCAUCAUCUCCUCCACGCCCACGUCGGUGCUCAUCGUGGUCGGAUAUGAGACCCUGAAGAGACUGAGCCUGCGAGCCGAGCUAGUCGAGACCAGACACUGGUGAAAGGCCGGUGAAAACAGGAUGACCUCGCAGUAGCCUUCAACUCAAAGACAAUGACGCAGAUCUGGGCAACUGGUCGGCUGUGGAGCUGUGUCCACAUGCCUUUUAGAUCCCUGUUGUUUUUAAUACAAGCUGGAGGAUGCAGCAGAGAGCAGAUGGAGAUAUUUGUCUUUGAGUACUCCUGGGAGCUACAGGUAUUAUUACGUUAUCUUUUACCAUUUGUCAGACCUGUUACUUAAAAUGUGAGGAUGUUCAGUGAAAACUGUUUUUGCCAAAACUAAAUUCAUUUUUGAAAACAAAUUGAUUAAAUCCGACACUUGAAACACGAUGAUUGUUUGCUAGAGGAUAGUUGAAAGCCCUUAUACUGUAUAUUCUGACACCCAGUGAUUCUCAAAAUGUUUUUUUUUCUUAAAUGAAUGGGUUUGGAAAGAAAUUCUUCAUACUCAGCAAGUCAGGGUUUUAUUUCUUGCUGUGCACCAAUGCAGCCUAAAACUUGUCAACAUCUAGGGUGAAUCAGCUGGGUGCAGAUUUUAAAAGAGAGCUACACAACAAUCAGUUACAGUAUGUGAUUUAGUUUAAAAAUGUAGUAUCUGCGGUCAGUUUGUAAUGUGCCACAAUCUGGAGAAACAAUGCCUUUUUUCUUUAUUGAAAAGCACUUAAAAGAGCAGAGAAGACCUUGUUGUCGUACUGCAUUCCGGUGAAAAGAAACUUCUGUGCAGAGAUUUGAAAUGUAAAGAAACUCACCUUUUGGCAGGUGUGAAAAUUGAGCUCCAAAGCAAAUUAAGCAAAUUAAUAUUUUUUUUGUUAUUCUGUUACAACAAAUAUGGUAUAGGCCUCUGUGAAACCUGGCUUAGAUAAUGGGAGGUUCACUCCAAUGCCUUUCUGUGAGCUGCGUCCUGUGAUUUACGUUCUAGCAGUCUGUGAGGUCUAUAGGGCAGGUUCAUUGUGAAUAUUGUGCAUACAUCUGUUUAUAGGGCCAAUCAGGUAGGGAGAGAGUACAGUGAGAACAGGAGAGGUGCACACUGGAGGUUACAGGCCUUUGAUCACAUUAAUGAAUCCUGUGCUUUCUGCUGUCUGUGAUUCUGUACAUUAUUUAUACUGUUUGGAUGACCGGGGAUCAAAUCUGCUACUGUUUGUUUCCACUGGGACACAUUGCUGGUUUAAGCUGAUGAGGACAGAGAAAGAGUGAAAGGCAGCGGCACCACACCAGCACACAAAACUAAAGUACAGUUGCCUUCAGAGUUCCCCACACACUUCAGGUUGUCAUCAACCUCAUACUGUCAUGUUGUGGAAAAACAGCAGCUGGAGAAGCACAUAAAUGUAGUCAUGUUCAGACUUUACUAUAUAACUACUGCUAGAAAACUCAUCUUGGUGAUCUCCAACACUGCCUGCUCUUUUUUAUAAAUUGUUUUUGCAGAUAUUAAAAUUCAGUUUGAAGACGCUGUUCUUGUGAAUAAGAAUGUUGAACUUGUUCACUGACAUUUUGCUUGUAUGCAAGAAGUCAAGUGUUUAACUACGGACUACAAACUACCUGCUCAAAGAAUUGUGAAAAGUGCAGUUUGAUGUGUUUUAAACAUUGAGAACUUGUGGACUUUUGAUGAAACAUAAUAAAGAAUUCAGGAUCACCGCA